CUCCCCCUCUCUCUCCUCCCUCUCUCCCGUAGACAUCACCAUCUCUCCUCCCCCUCUCUCCGCCGCCAUGGAUGAGAUCUCAUCCCCAUCACAGCAGCUGCAGCAGCUUCCCAUAAGCACCACCACGAAGACAAUCAAGGAGAAGCAGCUGUCCUCCCCCCGCCGGCAAGGAACCGGCCGUGCCGCUGUCCUCACUCCCGCCGCGCCGCUGUCCUCCCCUGCCGCCACCACUUUUAUGUCGCCGCCACCGCGAGGUUGGCGGAGGGAGUCUGCCGGAGAGAAUUCGCCGGAGAAAAAGUUUGUCGGUCGAUGCGGAAUGGCUGCUGGAGAAAGGAAGAGAGAGAGAGAGUAGAUAGAGAUAUUAAUGUAUAGGAUUUAAAUUUCAGAAAAAAUUGUAUUUAAUAUGGGUUUUUAAUUCCCAAUAUAAUUAAUACAAAAAGGUAAUUAAUAUAUUCCUUUUUUUCAUGCCCAAAAUACCCUUGGUUGUGAAUCUGACAACCCCCAAGGGGGUUGUCACCGUAUCCCGUCCCUUCAUUUUGAAAUAAAAUAUUUUUGUAUUUGAUAUUUAAAAGAAGGCAAUAUUCAUCUGUCUAGUCAAAACUUUGACGUUUGUGACAAAAAUAGCCACUUUUGAGGAAAUACCAAUAAUACCCAAAAUUUUGAAAGUUCGAUGACAUAUCCAUUUCUGUUACAUAAUUUGACGGCGUCAGUGACACUAUUAGUCAAAUUAACAGAACGCUUACAUGGCUGUCAACUCAUCGGACAAUUCAACAACACUUGCCACGUAUAUGCCAUGUCAUAUUUUAAUUUAAAAAUAAAUAUAAAUUAUAAAUUAUUUUCUCAUCCUCUCUCCACUCCCACCACUCACUUCUCGUGCGUUGGCACCAACGGCAACGAUGGUGACAAUCUGGCCGGCGAUGGCCGAUCUACGACCCUUGCUCCCUGCCCCCUAAUCUUGUGAGAAUAAUAAUGACAACUCAUCAGCUUUCCUCACCUACUCCCAAACCCUAGAUCACCACCACCGCAGUGACAACAGAUCUAACCUAAAAUGUGCGGCCUGCGAGCGCCACUGCAACUUCCACCGCAAGGAGAUCGAUGGCGAGACUGUCGCCGUCGCCAGCCCUGCCUUGUUCAGCCCCGUUGAGUCUUGUCGCCGCGGAGGCGGGCAUUUGGUCCACGCGCAAGUAAAAAAUUCAUCUUCGCACGCUCCACCUGUUCGUCUUCCUCUGUCACUCCCCAAACCCCUUCCAUCGCCGAGCAACAGAGAUACGAUAUCCCAUAACCUUAUUUUCUCAGCCCAAACCACCACCAUUUGAAGGUAUGAUAUACCAGAUCUUGGCUCAUCUCAUUCAACUCCUUCCCUGACCGAUUCCGGCGCCAACCUCGAAAUCCCCAAUUUUGAUCAACCUGAUUUUUGUCGGUGAAUCCUUAAGAUUCACAGAACUGAGAACUGUCCAUCGAAGUCCCCAACUCUAUUCAACUAUCUUUCCGUCCCCUUUCACCGCCAAGGAAUGCCUCGCUAGCAAUCUCUGGCGCAACCUCUACAAGAUUUCGCCCCAAGAGAUUUUCUUCGCAUUUCGCCUCCAACUCUUCUCCUCCAUCUGCAUCAACGGAACUAGUUCAUGCUCUGCUAUUGCCGCCGCCACCUCACUAACCAGAGAGCCGCAAGCGUCGAUUUGAAAUCGAUCCUCCUCGAGAUGAUGAUGAAUCUCAUGGUGAAAAUUAUUGUAGGGAAGAGGUGCUUCGGUGGAGGAGAGGCAGCGACAACAGACCUUAUUUCAGGAGCUCGCUUCUCUCCCGAUGCCAACAACAAACCCAGAUCGGGACAAUUGACGAAGGCCCGCCGCCAUCAUUGCCAAAUUAUGGGUUGUAGGUUUCUGGGUUUGGGUUCUUCUUCGUCUACCCAAUUCUGCGAUUGGGGUUCUUCUUCACAUGAAGGAUAAGGGAAUCAAUUCGAAGGGAAGGA